AUGUUCUCGAAAUCGAGCAAUCUCCUCGGCACUUCGUCGAUAAUCCGCGAUCAGCUCAAAGAGGAAUAUAAAUUGCGCCAACGGCGACAGUCGUCGAUUCAAGCGGUUCAAAGUCUUCAAUCGCGACAAACUGUUGGCAUUCAUCAAUACACCGAAGAUCCGACUGUCGCAUGGGAAAUGUUGAGAGAAAAACGCCCGGUGAAGCCUGUCAGACUGAUGAGACUUGAUACUCCAGUUAAACCAGAUCAUGUACGAUUUGUGUGCAUCGGUUGCACCCAUGGCGAACCCCUUGAUUUGUCGAUAUUACCUCCUGGAGAUGUUCUCAUAGUUUCUGGUGAUUUUACAUCUUGCGGACUUCCGAAUGAAGUUUAUAGCUUUAAUAAACAUCUUGGAAAGACGAAGUUCGCCUACAAAAUUGUGAUCGGAGGAAACCAUGAAUGCACAUUUGACGAAUCGUUUUUAAAAAUACACAAAGAGACCGAUCCGAAAGAAAUGGCAUUGAAACAAUCACUUUUGACGGCACUUCAUUCCGAUUCGAAAUCAGGAUCUUGCUCUUCGAAAUUGCUUCUAACCAACGCGAUUUAUCUUGAAGACAAUGUCAUCGAACUGUUUGGUAUUACGAUUUAUGGAACUCCGUGGCAACCAAAAGUGGACAAUUGGGCAUUCAAUUUAUCACGUGGACAAGCACUUCUUGAUAAAUGGAACAUGAUACCAUCCGGUGUCGAUGUACUCGUCACCCAUACACCACCUUUGGGUCAUGGAGAUCAAAUGUUGAAUGGACAGAGGAUGGGAUGUGUCGAAUUGUUGAACACGGUGUUCAAGAGAGUCAAACCCAAGUAUCACGUGUUCUCUCAUAUUCAUGAAGGAUAUGGGUGCACUACAGAUGGAUACACCAAGUUCAUUAACUGUUGCCUGUGCAAUGAAAAUCUUGAUUUGAAGAAUGCCCCGAUUAUUUUCGAUAUUCCUGUUCAUCCGCACACCAAACAAUUUUACCUGCAGAAUGUGAAGAAGAUCAUGAAGCGUUUCCAAAAGAAGAAGUAA